GCCACACAUGAAGCUAUAAGACACCCGAAGCGCCUUGAGAGUGAAGGAGAUCUCCGACAGAGACAAAGACAUUUCAUUCAGCGCCACAUAAAGUGAGUUUAUAUAGCUGAUCAUUUCUGAGAGUGAUGAUGGGAGUCCCGCUGUCUGCUGCGCUGCUGCUCCUGCUGUCUGUGGGUCUGAAGGAGCAGGUGGUGGAGAGCUGCAGCUGCGGUCUAGGACACCCGCAGGAGUUCUUCUGCAUGUCUGACAUAGUGAUGCGAGCUGAGAUAACUGGGGAGAAGCUCAUACCUGGAGAUGAAAAUAGAAACGGCAUGGGAGAAAUUCAAUAUGAUAUCAAAGUGAUAAAGGUGUUCAAAGGUUCUGACAAAAUAAAGAACAUCCAGCAUGUCUACACGAGUGAGAUGUCUUCAAUGUGUGGGACCAGACUGGAUCACGACCAGUAUCUGCUUUCAGGAAGCAUCAUGUUUGAUAAAUUCUCCGUUACAAUGUGCGACUUUGUUAUGCGCUGGAACAAACUCUCCUUAAUGAUGAAGAACAACUUCAAAUACAGAUAUCAGUUGGGCUGCGACUGCAAGAUCUCCAGCUGCACUGAACAGCCCUGUCUCCCCAACACGAAGAACGAGUGUAUCCUGUCAGACUUGUCAUCCACAUGGUCAAUUGUGUACACAGAGCCGGUUCACGAGUACGCCUGUAUCAGACACAGCAACGGCUCCUGCAGCUGGUACACAGGACCGGCCAAACCGUCUGGAAACGACACCAUGGACGCGUCUGAUGUCUGAAGCCCAGAGCACGAUCGCUGUCUGAUUGUAAAAGAAGUUGCUUGAUGCUGAUUAGACGGUUCAAAUGUAGAUACAAACAAGCUCUUUAACCUCUUGCAACCACCCAGAACUCUCUGGUGACUAAAUAGAAACCUCCCAUAAUACUUUAGCAACAGCCUAGCAACCACUCAGAACACCUUAGUAUCCCACUGAGAACAACAUACUCUUUAAACUUCAAAUCUCUCUUCAUCGCAUGCAAGCCUGCUCUCAGAGUCUAUUACACACCUCUGAAAUGGGAGCUGAUGAGUGACUACAUGAUGGAAUUGCCAUUUAACUUACAAUAAUUGGCAUUAUAAAUAACAGUAUUGGAUUAUUAGCAUUAUGCUUUCACUUUUAGGUCCUGAUUAUCUGAUUUUCUAUUUAAAAAGGGAUGAAGAGCAAUUCAGCUAAAUUUUUUGAGUAAAAUAUGGCCAAAAUCUGGUUGGUCAAUUGGUCAAUCCAUUCCAUCUCCUGUAAUGCCAUGAAAUUAGGAAGAUGCUACAAUAGUCCUUUUCCACAUUUACAGAUCUAAAUGAAUCUUUAGCAUUUUACAAUUUAUCUGCAUAAUUUUGAUUUGCUUGAAUGUUUCAUCAAUCAUUAUUACAUAUACGGGUCUUUAGCGACCCGGAUCUAUAUCUAACACGGAUGGAUCUUUAACUGGCGCAAUAGUAUAAAACUAUCCUGAUUUUAUGAUAACAAUUACAAAAGAAUAAAAUAAAGCAUAUUUUGUUACUUUUUGGAAUUUGGAAGGGUUUGAUUUGAGCACAUGCUUUUUAUCAUCAUCAGUGUCAUCAUCAGAGCUCAUUUCCAUUCACCAUCUCAACCAAAACUAUCACUUCAGAAUCAAUAUUUUGAUCGCUGACAGCUUCUUCACCAGAUCCACCAUCAGUGACACUAAUAUUUGUUUGCGUAGGAUGACGUCCCGGGUCGAUAAAGACCUUUAAGGGUUUUCAAAAAAAGUAAAACAACAUGAAAUACAAACGGACAGGAAUUAGAAAAGCUGCCAACUGUGUGUCUUUAUCUCUCUCCAUUAUGAAGCAACGCUCAUGUUUUGCAAUAGGGUGGUCGUUGUGGCCGUUUGGUCGUUGUGGCCGUUUGCGGCGCAUCAUGCUGAUUUUGAAACCGUGUGAUUUCAGCAUGAGACGCAACUGUGCAUCUUAGUCCAGAAGAAACCGCUGUAUAGCUUAGUCAUGAAGUGUGAAUGUUUUGGCCUAAACAUGGUGUGAUUUCCUUUAUAUCUGUAGAGAGCAUCACUGCAUUGCUUUACAGAUAUGAAUGGUACACUUUUUAAAGGAAAAAUUCAAAAAUGAAAAUUCUGUGAUCACCCUGAUGUCAUUCCAAACCUUCUGUGGAACACAAGACAAGAUAUUUUGUGUGUUUUUUUCAAAUGUCAACAUAACCGUUUGGUUACCAACAUUCUUCAAAAUAUCUUUGUGUUCUGCAGAAGAAAGAAAGGCAUUUGAAUAAAAAUCAGGCUUUCUUAACAGUGGUUCUGCCUUAUAAUAAUGCAGAUAUUUGGCAGGCACUUUUUUAUUUUGUUGUCACAUGAUCUCAGCUAACAGGGAACGUUCUGGAAAGGUUAUGAACAAACAUGUUUUUAAAAUCUUAGCACAAAAACAUUAUUUAUGCAUCAUUCCUGAAACAUUUAGUUGGAAUGUUUUUUAAAUGUUACUGCUUGUUUCAGAACAUUCAGUGAAUAUUCAAAAGUAACGUUACUAUAAUGUUUGAAGAAUGAUAAAAUAAUGAUAUUUGCAUAACCAAGAAAAAAAAAACAUUUUCAGAACGUAAACCCAUUCAGAAAUAAUGUUUUUAUUUUCAAACACAGUUGUGUUAGCUGAGACAGUGGUGGAAUGUGUGAAGAAUCAAUGCUUCAUAAGAUAUUUUCAUUCUCUUUCUACAGUCUUUUCUAACUGUACUGUGAUGUGAUGUAGUGUGUGUUUCAUUAAAGGUGUGUCGCCUGCAGCUUUUACACUA